AUGGAUUUUGCACGAAAAAUCGGUAAACCUGAUAAACCUCAAACCUGGAAAAAAACUCGUCAACCACUCGUAACAACUAGGGAUAACCUUCUCUCUGGAGAUACAUCCUUUUCGGAAGAUCGUCGCUUCGUAAAUUGGAAGAAAUGGCUCGCUGACCAUAAGAAGCAAAAUCGUUACAUAGAAUUUGUUACCGGUCGUUUGCAGGGUGAUCAGCUACAGAAUUCUUCGGAAAAAUUUCGUUCUUUUAUUGAAAUGAAAAACCUAAUGGAACACGCCGCUAUACCUGUGAUCUCCGAUAAGUAUCGUGGUAGACCAGAAUUCCUACCAGGCGAUGCUUGUCUGCCGGAAGUAUCCUCGGUUCCUAGCAAAAAGGACCUGAUUUUUCCCUCGGAUUUAAUGUAUGUUGGAUUGCCAGACCUAACAGUAAAAGAACGUGAUCUCGCCAUGCCAAAAAAGGAAGAAUUCUGGAAACGCAACGAAUAUCUAAAAACGCGUAAACUUGAACUUGCUGAAAAAAUUGCAUUAAUGGUACCUAAGGAGCCGGAAAUGGCAACAUUGGCCAUUCAAGGACACGCCUAUCAGAGAAAGAAACUACCACUACUACGAAUUCCGCCGAUAACUAUUACUGAAGAUAAGCCUUGCGAGGACACUGAUCAGGCAAUAAUUCUAAAGAUUCAAGAUCGAGAGUUUGUCUGGGAAAGAUCUCUCUUCAGAACGGAGCCAGUAGACACCGAUCCUAUCAUUUGGUCUCUGACUUUUACGAGUAAGAUUGACAACCGAAUCGAAAAAGAGAUCGUCUUAGAGAAUAAAGGAACCAACGUUAUAGUGUAUCAUUGGCGAUACUCGCCCUUUCGAACGUAUGGCAUGUCCUUCGAGAAAUACAGCAGUCAAUUCUUCUUCAAUAAAACGAAAGGGCUCAUACUUCCAGGGCAGAUGGUAAAGAUCAAGGUAUGGUAUCAGUCCAGAACGUGUGGAGUUUUUAUUGAAUACUGGCGGUUCAUCACGGAUCCGAAAUUAAGUUCCUCGACGUUUAUGUUUCGGUUUUGGGGCUGCACAACCGAUACUCAAAAUACAAAAUUGAUCGAUUACCAAAUGAUCGAUGAAUACCUGAAUCGCUGCAUUCGAGACUCAACGAUACGUUCAAUUAUUGAGGAAAUUCUAGAUAAAGUGGAGCACAGUGAGUCAGCAGAGCCUCCUCCUGAGACGUUACUUUCGCAAAGUGACUUGUUUGUCUCUCUGAAUCCUUGUUAUCAUUAUCAUCCAAAUAUCAUAAUGCAGUUACAGAAAAUAUAUUCUAAUGUUACCGGUGAAAGCACAUCGACCUGGAACUUGUCGCUGAAUUUCCUCCGAGAUAUCCUUUUACAGAUAGAAGAUACAAACUACAGACGCGACAUGCUCGCCCGAUUUAACGAACUUUGCAAACAAAGUCUCAAAUCAAAAUUGUUUGAAUCCAAUGUUGAAUAUUCUAAUAAAUAUAACGCUGUAUAUAACAUCUUAUGCACUUUUGCGAAUCUGUUUGAAAAUGAAAGUGAACUUGCAAAAAGAAACAAUCUAAUACGAGAAGACUUUGCAACGUUGAUAGAAGUUGAGCAGAAAUUGACACCUUUUUCUCAAAGAUUCAAUAACAAUUUGCAAGAACUACAUAGCAAGACAUUAAAUGAUCAACCAAAAACUGUACUAAUGCAAGAAGGAAAUGAAAGUUUCAAUUUAGAUAUGCAAUCUUAUAGAGAAAUAUUUUUUAUUCGUAUAUAUACAGCUCUAAAGGAAGCAAUAGAACGAAUUUGCGCCAUUAUCGAUUCUUUCCAUAGACUUGAUGAAUUAAAGUUUAAAAUAUAA